CCUUCUAUCUUUGUUAGUAUAUAUUUUAUACUAAUAAAAAGAAUCCAUCCAAUAAACAAAAGUUUGACGGUUGUCCGGCCGGUAGCCACUGACCGCCUGGCCCCUGAUUCCACCGCCGCCCUCAUAUUGCCAUUGAUAACAGAGGAUUCAUCACCAUGGGGGAGAAGGGUAAGCGUGAUGAUAGCAGAGGAUUCAUAGUUUUGGGAAGAUCCAAUUAAGUUGGAUGACGUACGUUUAUCAAUUAAUUUCCUCCUUGUGCAAUUCUUUUCCCCUACCAAGAGAUGUUGAGACUUAACGUGGCCUAUAGAAUCGGGGAUGGACUACAUAGAGAAGGAAGACGUACGUCACACGUAGUGUGGGAGAAGGAACGGCGGCGACAGAGGGUUAAGGAGGUCGGCCGCUGUUUGGGGACGACAUCACCAACGGUUAAAGGAUGUGUAGAGAAUUGACGGCAAACGGUAGUUUGGCGGGUUCCGGGUGCUUAUCAACGAAAAUAGGGUACUGUAAAAGGAUAAUUUAGUAAUUAUAUGUUUUAAAGUAGGGCGAUUGUAGUAAAUCUAGGGCGACGUUUAGCCAUUCAGUGAAUAAAAACCCUAAAUCUGAUUUUUUCGCAUUGGUAGUGAUUUUUUCGUAGUGGUAGUGUUUUUUCCGCAUUGGUAGUGAUAUUUUCGUAGUGGUAGUAUUUUUUGCGCAUUGGUAGUAAUUUUUCCGUAAUGGUAGUGUUUUUUCGCAUUGGUAUUGAUUAUCAUGUAAUCGUGUUGUUUUUCAGUGAAAUGGUAGUUUUUCUGUAGUUGUAGUGCUUUUCACAUUGGUAUUUUUUUUGUAUUGGUAUUGAUUAUCAUGUAAUGGUAUUGAUUUGCAUGUAUUGAUAUUGAUAAAUCUGCAAUGGUAUUGGUAUUUUAUGAAAUGGUAGUGCUUUUAUUUCUCGAAUGGUAUUGGUGUUUUAUGCAUUGGUAGUGUUCUUUUAAUAGAUUGGUAUUGUUUUAUUGUUGUAGUGGUAUCAGUUCGGUUGAACGAAAACAAGGAAAGGAUUGAAAAAAAUGAAGAGAGAUCUAGCUGGAGAUUAUGGAAGUGAGAGAGAGAGAGGGGGAGAGAAUUGUAAUUAAUAUAUUUUUGUAACUUCCUAAAAUAUAAUUUGUUUAAAAGGUAAUUAAUAAUUUUUUUGUCAUACCCAGUUUGCCUUUAGUAACCACGGUGAUUACUAUAAAAUAUAAUCAUCGUAACCUGUCCCGUCGUUGGAAUUAAGUAUUUGUAUGAGUUUAUUUGUGAUUUAUUUGAGUUCAAAUAAUUCACAAUGAGUUAUUCGGACACAAAUAAAUCGUUUGGUAGCGUUUUACUGAAAUGAGUUAUUUGGACAGUGAGUUAUUUACAAAUAACUCAAAACAAGUUAUUUGAAAUAACUCAUAACCAAGUGUUAUUUUGAAAUAACUCGUUUUACCACUCUACUUUUAUCAAAUAGCAGAUGUCAAAUACUACAUUUGCAUGUUUCAACUAAACGAGAUACUUUAUUUCAAUUACCACUGAAAUACCAAUGAAAUACCACAUAAACAAUAAAUGAGUUAUUUGACUCUACAAAUACCAAACUGACAAUUAACUCAUCCAAACAACUAUUUUUUUUUUUGUAAUGGGGCUUAUGUGAUGACCUUUCAUUCUUCUCUAUAUGAGUCCUUCACCCACUACUUUGUUCUCACUUUUGAAGUAUAAUAGGGCUUAUUUGUAAAAAUAAAAUAAAAUAUAUAUGUUGUUGACGUUAGAGGUGUACAUGGGUUGGGUAGUCCAGGUUUAGUCAUUUUAAUCACUCAAGCAACACAUUAUGGUUUUGAAAAUACUAAAUCCAAAUCCAUCCAAAAAACAAGAACCUACUGUUUGUUUAUAAUCAAGUUGGGUCAGGUUGACGAUAUUUUCAAGUAAAAUUCCAACCCAAUACAAAAAAUGCAAUUAUUUUACACGGCAAAAAAACAAUAUAAUUAAUUAAAAUCUAAAACAAAUAAACCAAUAUGAAAAGUAUCAAAAUGCUUAAACUAUAUUUGAAUUUUAAAGAAAUGCAAUUUGUUUCCACAUAUGUCUAGUUUUUUCCACAUAUGUUAUUCUUCUGAAAUUGUAACAAAAAAUAUUAUGUUAGCAUGGCCUAUAUUAAAUCACGUCUAAAUUUUGAGUCGAAAAAUGCAUUAGUUUAGAGAGAUUAUGAGAGAAAAAUAGGACAAAAAAAAUCUUCAUUUCCUCACAAACAUGCUUAUAUACAAAGCAAAUAUGUUUUGGAUAUGUACACUUAUGACAAUAAUUGGAACACGGGUUGGGUUGUACAUGUUGCAUAAUCCAAAAUCCGUACCCAACGCAAAAGAGAAGGAUUAUACAAUAUAAAACCCUCGCCCAACAUUAAACUUUACUAUUAGCGACAUAGUUAGUAAAAUACGGUAUGGAAAAGUUAUGUAUGUAAUAUGUAUGGGUAUUUUACUUCGUCUUUAAACUAAUGUUACGUUUAAUAGUAUGUUUGUCAUAAAUAUAUAAAUAUAAUUAUUUUAAAAAUAAAUAAGUAAAUAAUAGUAAAGUUAACAAUUUCAUUAAUUAAAUAUGGAUAUCAAACGGGUUAUACAGGUUUUAUAUGUGUUUAGUAUGCGAGUUAUCAAAUGAACGAAAAAAAUAAAACGAUUUGACAAUAAUACGGAUACAAAAAAAUUUAACAGAUAAAAUACAUGUAUUAAACAGAAUAUUUAUUAACUAUUAUUAACAAUAAUUACGAAUGAGUUGGAUCGAAUUGGACCGGUUUGCUAAUAUUUUUGUUCAUCCCUACUCGACGUAUCACAAACAAAAUUUCCCGGGAAACUUCUUUCCCGAUGAAAACUUUCGAGGAAACUUUGAGAUCGAUACAUUUCCACGUCCACGCUCGUGCCGGUACUGUUGUCAGUUGUCACCAUUUUCCGCCGUCUCCUCCCCGAAAUAUCCCGGCGAGGUCCUUUUCACGAUGGUUCUACUGUAAAUUCCCUCUCCUUAUGACCUUAUCGUUUCCAAAUUCUGGUCAGUCUUCUUCAUCGGUCAUUCUUUUAGGGUUUUCCCGCUUUUGCUGCUCGCCAUUUAUAGUCUCUGCUGCGCUCUCCAACAUGGAGCUCCAAUCGCUCUUCGGAAUCGAUUCCCUCCUCCAAUCUCUCCUCGAAAAUGGCCUCCAAAAGCAGCAGCCAAACACCUCCUCCGCCACCGGCACACGACGUUUUUCUGAGCUUUCGCGGCGCCGACACUCGUCACGGCUUCACAGCCCACCUCUACGGAGCCCUAAUUCAGAGAGGAAUCAACGCGUACAGAGACGACAACGAGCUGGCCAGAGGGGAGACCAUCGAGCCAUCACUCCUCGGCGCCAUCGAAUCGUCGAGAUUCGCCAUCGUCGUGUUCUCCAGAGGCUACGCCGAAUCUCCCUGGUGCCUGGACGAAUUGGUGAAGAUCGUCGAUUGCAGGCGGCGGCUGGGGCAGGUUGUUCUGCCUGUGUUUUACGAUGUCGAUCCCAUGGUUGUGGCUGAACUGAAUGGAGAGUACGGCGAAGCACUGAAUCGGCACUGUCGUGGAGACAGUGCGGGGAGGGUGCAGCAAUGGAAAGAGGCUCUUGAAGAAGUGGGCAAUGUUUCCGGUUGGGAUGUUCAGAACAAGGAUCAAUCUGAGAUGGUUAGAGAAAUCGUUGACACGAUAUGGCUUGAGUUGAGCCGGACAUUGGAAGUUAGCAUGGACAACUUGGUUGGAAUGGGUUCGCGUGCAAACAAGCUCAAGGAGCUAUUGGGUGAAGACACAGGUGAUGAUGUUCGAUUUGUAGGGAUCUCUGGUAUGGGUGGCAUUGGCAAAACAACAUUAGCCAGAGUUGUCUAUGAUGAGAUGAGUCUGGAAUUUCGAAACAGCAGGUGUUUUCUUGAAAAUGUCAAGGAUUCUUUUGAGAAGCAUGGAGCAGUUCAUGUCCAAGAGCAUCUUCUUUCAGCAGUGUUGAUGGAAAAGAACCUCAAAGUUUGGGAUGCCCACACUGGGAAGGUGAUGAUAAAGAAGAGCUUGCAGCACAGAAAGGUUCUUCUAGUUCUGGAUGAUGUGGACUCCGUUGAGCAGCUAGAGAUGUUGGCUGCGAACCAAAAUUGGUUCGGUCCAGGGAGCCGAAUCAUCAUAACGAGUAGAGAUCAAAGAUUGUUGUACAAGCAUGGAGCUUGUGGUGUGUUUAAGCUUGAGGGUUUGAAUUACAUAGAGGCUCUUACCUUAUUUAGUUUGAAGACCUUUAAGAAUUAUGAGCCAAGUGAGGGUUUUGAGGAGUUUUCUAUGCGAGUCGUGGAGUAUGUGCAAGGCCUACCUCUCGCGAUUGAAGUCUUGGGUUGUUUUCUCGGUGGAAGAAGCAGAAGAGAGUGGGAAAGUGCUAUUACUAGUUUGAAAGACUACUGUGAUGACAUCCUAGAUGUGCUCAAGAUAAGUUUUGAUGGGUUAAACAAGCCUGAGAAAGACAUGUUUUUGGAUAUUGCUUGUUUCUUUAACUUGAAGAGCAUAAGCGAAGUGAAGAAGGUCCUCAACAGCUGUGGCUUCUGUACCGACAUUGGAGUAAAGCAUCUUGUGGAGAAGUCUCUCCUGAGUUUUUCCCCCAUGGGCAAAUUGGUGAUGCAUGAUCUGUUGCGAGAUAUGGGCAGAAAAAUUGUUCAUCUAGAAUCUCCCGGGAAUCCUGGAAGGCGCAGUCGAUUGUGGGAUCCUGAAGAUAUCCUUUCUGUUUUGACGACACCAACUGGAAGGGAAGAGGUUGAAGCCAUUGUAUUAGACUUACCAGAGAAGGAAGAGGUGCAACUUAAUAGGGAAGCAUUCUCAAACAUGUACAGACUGAGACUGCUCAUCAUACGUAAUGCAAAAUUUGAAGGACCAAUCGAUCUUCCCAGUGAAUUACGACUCCUUGUGUGGGAUUGCUACCCUUCGGAGUCAUUGCCGGCUUCUUUUAGACGCAGUAAACUCGUGGAACUUAGCAUGUGCUACAGCAACAUGAGUCGACUCUGGCAUGGAAAGGCCAAGAUGAGCAACUUGAAAGCCAUGGAUUUAAGUCACUCCCACAACCUCAUCGCAACUCCAGAUUUCACCGGGGCUCCAAAUAUCGCAACAUUGAUUUUCAAAGACUGCACCAGCCUUGGUGUUAUUCACCCAUCAAUCGGUUCUCUUCGAAAGCUAACUUGCCUUAGUUUUAGAGGCUGCAUAAAACUCCGCAACCUCCCAUCUAUGCCUGGAAAACUACAAGAGCUCUACUUGGAUAGUACAGCUCUCAGCAAUGAAGAACUCCAACAGAUAAUCUGUUGGGCCGUGGCUUUAUCCGUACUGAGUCUCAGUAGCUGCAACAGCCUGAAGACAGUUCCAGUUAGCAUUGGCAGCUUAAAGCAGUUGAAGGUGCUCAACCUCCAUGGCUGCUCUCAGCUUGACAAUGUGCCAAGGGAGCUGGGAGGCCUAGAGAGUCUCGAGGAGCUUGAUUUGAGUGGGACAAAAAUCACACAGCCGCCACUCUCCAUAUUCUAUCUGAAACAUCUCAAAACAUUGUCCUUCCAGUACAACAUGCCAACAAAGUUGCCUACCUUGUCUGGUCUCCAUUCAAUGAUAACAACUCUGAACCUAGGAGACUGUGGGCUGAAGGAAGGAGAUUUUCCUACCGGUGUAGGGUGCUUGUUUCCAUCGUUGGAGUUGUUGGAUUUAAGCAGCAACAACUUUGUUACCUUGCCAAUCAUCGGGCAACUGUCGAGGCUUUAUUCACUUCGGUUGGAUAAUUGCAUGAUGCUAACGUGCUUGCCCAAGCUCCCGUCGAGGAUUGAGUUUCUGUACGUCAACGGCUGUGUUUCUUUGGGGAAAAUGCCGGACAUGAAAUUCAGCGGAGGACAUUUCUAUUUCGAAGGUCUUGAUUGCUCGAAGCUGUAUGAUGAGAAUGGCGUUUCUGAAGACAGCUCUUGGCCUACCCUGCUUAGAAGACCACUCCUUCGGGGACAGGAGCAUCCUGCUACAUUGGAACGCUUGGUCUUCAAAGUCCAGGGCAGCAGAAUUCCGAAGUGGUUCACCCAUCAGAGAGAUGGCUCAUCAAUUUGGGUAUCACUUCCCAAGUCUCCCUACUACGAUGACAUGAUGGGUCUUGCACUAUGCUGCACUGUCAACGAUCUCACAGAUGGGUCUCAUUUCAGCAAGCAGCAGCUUGGUUCACCAAGCAAGAGACAACGACAACAACACAUUUGCUUCUUCUUCGUCUCAGGAGACAGCAUCAGGUUUCUGUUGAAGGGGCUUUCGGAUGGGUCAGCUUGUGUCGGGUUGUCAUUUGAGGAGCUGCCAUUUUAUCAGCUUAUUAAGCCAGGUGCAGCAGUGGAGGUCAUAAGGUGUGGGUAUAGCAUAGUUUCGCGUCGAGACAUUGAGGACCUCGCAGGUACUAGUACUGGUGUUGCAUCUGCAUCUGCAACAAUUCGUCGCGAUGAUGAUCAUAGUCCUCGCCCUAAGAAACUCAUCUUCGAAGGAUCCCGGAGUCUGGUCUUGUUUUGUGCUAAUGACUUCGUUUGCGUGCGUGUCCUGAAGGUAUAUCAGGGGACCAAGUUCAAUAUGUGCUGAUUAUAAGACUAUAUGCAUUGGCAGGUUAGCUUCUUUUAAUAUUACCAAGGCAUCUAUCGUCAAUUAAGGGUAACUUCAUCGUUAUUUUGUCAGUUUAAAUAGUUUGAACAAUUUCACGUCAAAACAAAAACAGCAUAAAAAUCAAAAUCUCUGUGUUCUGGGAAAAUCUAUGCUUAGUAUCAGUAACCGAAAGUCAUGUUCUUCUGUACAAGUUGCUACAAAAAUACUAGGAAUUUUUCCUGUCAAAAUACUUUGAGAAGAAUAUAAUUUUAGUAAUUUA